UCUCGCCUUCUUCUUGCGGAGAUCCUCGUUCUCUGAACCCAAUAAUGGGCGACGGAGAUUAUCUGAUGGCACUGGAGCUCCAGAGGGAGUUUGAACGUGAGAUGGAGUUACCAGAGGAUGUCAAAGUGAAAGCGAAGAACGAAUCAAACGAGAAAUGGAAGCAUCGUCAAACGAAUGCAGACCUGAAUAGCACGCAGAACCUUGUCCAUCCUGCGUGGGAAACCCUGGACCCAACGCCAGAUGUUCACUCCUUGUUCAGCGCCUUCGACAAUAAGUUCUUCCAGGGUCGACUGAAAUGCGUCACUUUGGAGUGGAGCAAGCGGAUGUAUUCCUGCGCAGGAAUUUGCUAUUCCAGCCGAAAUAGAUUCGGGAUGGCUGUUACGAUCAGGUUGAGUGAGCCGUUGCUUAAACUGAGGUCGCGGAAGGAUCUCGUUGAGACGCUUCUGCAUGAGAUGAUCCACGCUUACUGCUCGGUACUGGGUAUUAGAGAAGGCAACGGUGGGCAUGGUCCCAACUUUAAAAAAAUUAUGCAUGGUAUAAACAAGGUCGCAGGAACGAAUAUAACGGUUUACCACAGUUUUCACGAUGAAGUGGACAUCUACAAAACCCAUUGGUGGCGCUGCAACGGCAUCUGCCAACACCGCAAACCAUUCUUCGGUUACGUUAAACGCACUUCCAAUCGGGCGCCGGGACCAAACGAUAUUUGGUGGAGGCAACAUUUGGAAUCUUGCGGCGGGACAUUUUUAAAAAUUCGAGAGCCUGAAAAGAAAAAAGCGAAAUCCGAGAAGGAAAACAAUCCGAAAGCGGCUUCUUCUUCCAAAGACAUCCGCACUUUCUUUGGAAAUGAGAAUAAAAAUAGCAACAAACCUAAAGGAUUCGUGAAAAGUAACGGUGGCGGGACGAUUGUGAUAAAUGAUGAUGGAAAUGCAAGAACUGCCGAGAAACCCUGGACAUCGACGCCCAAGAAAACUGGAUUUCAAACGGGCACGAACAAAGUGGUUGGGUUCAAAGAUUUGACUGGUACUCAGGGCACCCCCAGCGUACAACAGAGGCCAACAAUAGACCUCUCCAAGACUGGCUAUUCCUUAACUAGUUCCUCUACCUCUACCUCUACCACCUUAGAUAGUGCUGCUCCGAACAAGGUUGAUCGCGAUCAUCUGCGUAACGUUUGGGCGAAUAGAUUCCCUUCAAAUUCCAGCAAACGACCAAAUGAAGAUAAAGACGAUAAAUCUGUAGACAAUGAUGAAAGUGAAGAAAAACGGCGUAAGCUUGAUACAGAGAGAGGAAAAGAGGAGGAAACAUUGGAUAAUUUAAUAGAAAUUAAUGAAUCUUGGACUGAGAUAGAUGACGAAGUAAUGUUGAAGGUGGAUCAUCAGGACGUAAUAGAUAUAUCGAGCGAUGAAGAUGAUAACGCGGUGCCUUUAGUAGAGGUGAGUGCACCAAUCAGUACAAAGUUGGAGAAGCAAACAUCCGAAGAGCGUCAGAAACUAAUUAAGCAAGAAAUUUUGGACUCAUCUGACUGCAUGCUCUCUGAAGAUGAUAUUGAGCUACUUGACGAUGACUACAAUGACGACAUCGUCACCGCCAGUGCUGAACUGGCGGAUACAUCUCUCAUCGACGAUCUAUUCGGUGAAGACACUUUACUGAGUGAUUUCAAGAAACAAAAUGCCGUAGUUGCCUCAAACUCACGUUACCAUUCCGACCCCAAAAACGAUAUCAUCUCCUGCCCAAUAUGCCAAGAUAAAGUCGUGCGACAGUUUUUCUCCGACCACUUGGAGGGCUGCAGCGGAAUCUCAACGAAGAUUGUCGCGCCGAAAUCGAAGGCGAAAGCUCCGGUUCCUAAGCGAAAGAAUGAAAGUCGCUCAAACAAUUUAAGUCCAAAUUCUGUGAAACGAGCACUGCAGGAAGCGGGAUAUGAAGAAAAUGAAUUCGCUAAUAUCUUAGAAAUGGAUGAAUCGCCACCGAGGGGAAACGAAGGACAGAACCGAAGGCGUCCUUUGGAUACUUCAACGCAUGCUUGCCCAGUCUGCGGUAGGGAAGUUGAUGUCGACCGAAUUAAUGAGCAUUUGGACAUUUGUUUGCCCGGACGUUAAUGGGAUCUCUUUUUGAAUUGUUUUGUUUUUUUUUAUUUUAUAUUAAGUGAACAACUCUGUGUUAAUUUUAGUUUGCAGAUUACUAUCCUAGUUUUAGCUUGUAGAAGAAAUAAAAUGAUUCUUA